CGCGAUUAGCAGCACAGCUCAGCUCAUUAGCCGCUGCCCGCCGGCGCCAGCGAGGCAGGUCGCACAGGAGAAAGGCGCCUUGUUAGGGGGAAAGCGUACGCCGGCGGUGCUGCUACUAAUACAGCUCAGGCUCAGCGAGCUUCGACAACCUUCCAAGUUCGAAGAGCGGCAGGAGAGUGUGGUACUACUCGCUAGGGAGAAGAUGGAGAUGCAGGAGCCAAAGGGAGCGCACGCGGUGGCGCCGCCGCCGACCACCGUUGAGGCCGGCAAGCCUGCCGGCGUUGGUGGAGUUGUCCAUAAUGGGCCGCCGGCACCAGCACAGAAAGCGCAUGCACCAGCAGGGGACGGCGGUGUUCCUCCAGCACCGGUGCCAGCAUCAGCAGACAACGCAAAAGCAGCAGCGGGUUCAGCUGACCGAGAUGCCGUGCUCGCCAAGGUGGAGAUGGAGAGGAAGCUGUCGAUGGUCAAGGCGUGGGAGGAGCACGAGAGGAGCAAAGUCGACAACAGGGCUGAGCACAAGAUGUCCUCCAUCCUGUCGUGGGAGAACACCAAGAAGGCGUCGAUCGAAGCCAAGCUGCGAACACGGGAGGAGAAGCUGGAGAAGAAGAAGGCAGAGUACGCGGAGAAGAUGAGGAACCGGAUGGCGACGAUCCACAAGGAGGCGGAGGAGAAGAGGGCGUCCGUGGAGGCGAAGCGGCAGGAGGAGGUGCUCAAGUACCAGGAGACGGCGGCGAAGCACCGGUCAACAGGGACCACGCCCAAGAAGAAAUUCCUCCAGUGUUUCGGCUAAGCGCAUACACAUAUUAGAUACGUGAAUGAAUAUAUAUACCACGGUGAAGUUGUCUGCUAUGUAUAGCUAGCUAGAAGAUGUGCUCUUGGCUUGUUUGUUGGUUGGAACAUGAUGAUAAGAGAUCAUGGUUGUAUUGUGCUUGUAUACUUAGUUGGGAUCACUUUGAAGUUAUGCUGCUCCUGUGUAGUGUAA